AUGACCAUCUCCUCUCCUUCAAUCCAACCCCGUAGCCCCGCCAACGCAGCUCCUUCUUGGCUCUCCGACAAGGAUAAAGACUCCGUAGAUGCCUCCUCCAAGACCCUCCUCCGUGAUCUCUCCGCCUCUCUAACCCAACUCGCAAGCGCAGAGUCCGUACGUCGUGAAACGAGUGCUCGGGUAUUGGCAACCAAAUACAGUAAAGGCAUACUGGGGCGAUGGGCAGCUGGCAGUGGAGCAACAGAGAAAAUGGCGGAGCAGACUUUGGAGGAAGCGAAGCUUGAUACACUUAAGGUGGUGAGGGACAGCGUGAUAUGGUAUCUGACGAUCAGGCUAGAGGAAGUUGGGAGAACCCAACAGGGUAUGAUGGAGCGGAGACUGGAGAGGGAGGUGGAGAGAGGCAGAAGCGUGCUUUACAAGAGCCGGCCGAAGGGAUUUGACAGUUCUAUGGAGACAUCGUUUGGGAUGGAUUCUUUAAAUGGAAACCUUCCUGAGGACAACGCACGCAAGAAGAGAGAGGUUCAAGUGGAGAAAGGUGUGGCUUUGGAAGAUCAGGACAGGAAGCAGAUGGAACAGCAACUCAGCCCGGAUCAGCUGCAAUUAUUUGCAAAGGAAAAUCAAGAUAUGCAGAAGCAAUAUGAAGAUACGCUCGAUCAGGUCCAGUGA